CUUUAAGAGUGUCGCUGCAGGUGGAGGCGCUUUAGUAUCGGAGUCCGAGACACACCGUGCGCCGCGCAGAACCCUGAGUUGAUAGCACCAUGGCUGACGGAAAAGGGGACUCGCCAGGUCUUAAGGCCACGCUGGUUAUAGGCAAUGUCUUUAUUAUGCUCUGUGGCAUCACCCUCUUUGCUGAGACCGUCUGGGUGGUAACGGACGGCUACAAAGUGUACCCCCUGACGGCCGUGUCGGGGAAAGACGACAUCUUUGCGGGGGCCUGGAUUGCCAUCUUCACCGGCUUUGCCUUCUUCUGCACAGCGGUGUACGGGAUCAUCGCGGUGGCCCGAGAAAGUCGAUCCAUGCUGAUGCUGUACCUGGUUCUGAUGCUGAUCAUCUACAUCUUUGAAUCCGCCUCUUGCAUCACUUCCUUCACCAACAGAGAUUACAUGGUGGGCAACAGCAACCUCAUUAAGAAGCAGAUGCUCCAGUACUACUCAGACACAACUGCUCCUGGACAGCUGGUUACCAGCACCUGGAACAGAAUCAUGCUUGGCCAACAAUGCUGUGGCGCUGACAGCCCCCUGGACUGGGUGACGUACAACUCAACCUUCUCAGCCUUCCGUGCCAAUAGCAACAACUUCCCUCCUAACUGCUGUGUGCGACAGGCCAACUUCUUGGUGGCCAACUCGAUUGGCUGCAAUGCCGGAGAUAUGAACUACAUCUACUCAAAUGGUUGUUUUCCAUACAUUCAGUUUGCUCUUGACCGAUACACCUGGGGAGUCUCUUGGUUUGGAUUCGCCAUUCUCAUGUUUACACUGCCAGUGAUGCUUUUGACAAUGCUCUUCUACGUCCGGCUCUGAGGAAUUGGCCAGCUCUUAAAAUGUAAAUAGUUUUUAACCCCUGACACGUCUCGCCACACGUGUUGAUUCUUUCUGCCAGUUGAGACAAUCCUCCUCGCCAGCCCUUUUAAUGGACCUGACUGCUCUUGACGCAGAUGCCACCCUCCAUCUUGCCGAACAGCAUUUGCACAGCAUUUUAUGUCUAACUGUUGAUGCCUUUAUUAUUAUUAUUUUUUUUUUUUUUUAAAUACAUCAGAAAAAUUCUAUCAAGGUAGUUGUUGAUUGACUGCUCGGUUUUUGCAUGGAAGCUUCUAAAAGAGGAAGAACGUGAAUUUUGAAUCUUCUAAACAUUCUCUCUACCUCCAAAUACAACCUUUUACAAAACCUAUAGGGUGAGCUCUCUGGGACCACGCAGUGUUCAUGGAGCCCGGCGUUCAGCUUCAGAUGCUCAUUCGGUACGUGUAGAUGUCAAGUUGGAUGGGAUCUUCUCUUCAGCUUGCCCUGCUAUUACCAAAUCACCUGAACAGUUCGGCGAGCUGCAGUUCUACAAGAAAGCUUCUGUCCGAGUGCUUCUACAGAUUUUGUUGGGGUGUUUUUAUUAAAUGUUUUUAAGUUUCUCUGUGACACACGUCCAGAUCGUCUCAUGCUAUUGGUCUUUUGAAAUGCUCCAUACGGAUAGGCUGGAUUGAAAGUAUUGUGCUUUACUUAAUGAAAUCUGGCACCGAAGCUAAGCUUUCUUUCUGGAUAUCUGAAUGUGGCCCUAGAGCUGCAAAAUGUUCUGUAAGGUUCUUCAACUUUAAUAAACAAUUAAU